AGCAGAGUUUUCGCGCCUUUUGUUUGUUUGUUUGAACUAAAAACUUCUACGAACCUCAAUCUUAUUCUCAUUCCAUUCAUUCAGUUCUGAAGGUUUAAAUUUGAAUCGAGUUCUUCCCUCUGAAAGUGCUCCGAAGGCGGCAGUAGCCGAGAAGAAGGCGCCAUCAUCAAUCAUUCAUUAGAGAUUAGACUUGAACCAAAAGCAGUCUCAACAAUUGGGCAAUUCUAACUGGAAGCGAUCUUCAGACUGAGAAUGAUUUUGACUUGACUUGCAGUUUGCAGUCUUGUCGUUAGAGUUGUAGUCUGCAGCAGGCUGAGACAAACUCAUUAGCUUUUGUGGCUAAAUGGUAAUUUAAUUUCUAUGAAACCAUAUAGAACGAGUUUAGUUCGAAACCUUGUUCUGAGAAGCUCUCAAGCUCCAAAGCCAGCCAUCAAUGGCGAUCAUGUUAUUGAUGCCCACAUCGUCAAAACUGGGUUCAAUGCCAAUACAUGCCGCUCUAACUUCCAGGUCAACAACUUUCUUCAGAGUGGAGACCUUUUCCACGCACAUCAAGUAUUUGAUCAAAUGCCUUGCAAGAACACGAUCUCUCUGAAUGUGAUGAUUUCUGGUUUCCUUAAGUUUGGGAACUUAUCUAAAGCUAGAGAGUUGUUUGAUGGCAUGGUUGAACGUACGGCAGUGUCAUGGACAAUUUUAAUUGGUGGAUAUUUACAAUCUAACCAAUCUAAAGAAGCAUGUAGGCUUUAUGCUGAUAUGAGAAGGGGAGGGACAGAACCAGAUUAUGUGACUCUAGUGACCUUGUUAUCAGGCUGUGGUGAAUUGGAAACUAAGAAUGUAAUUGUUCAAAUCCAUACCCAUGUCAUUAAACUAGGAUACGAAUGCAACCUCACGGUUUGCAACUCCUUGGUUGAUGCUUAUUGCAAAACCCAUUGCUUAUAUUUAGCUGGCCAGCUCUUCAAGCAAAUGUUAAACAAAGACACAGUGACCUUCAACGCAUUAAUGACAGGUUACUCAAAUGAGGGAUUGAGUGAAGAAGCGAUUAAGCUCUUUGUUGAGCUGCAGAAUACUGAAAUUAAGCCUUCAGAAUUUACGUUUGCAGCUCUCCUCUGUGCUGCUGUUGGUCUAGAUGACACAAGUUUUGGAAAACAAGUUCAUGGUCUUGUUCUCAAGGUCAACUUUGUGUGGAACGUGUUUGUGGGAAAUGCAUUACUAGAUUACUACUCAAAGCACAACCGAGUGGAUGAGGCAAGGAAGCUUUUUGAUGAGAUGCCGGAGUUGGAUGGAGUAUCGUAUAAUGUUGUCAUCACAGGCUAUGCUUGGAAUGGGCAAUUCAAAGAAUCUUUUGAUCUCUUCAGCCAAUUACAGUUAGCAAGAUUUGACCGGAGACAAUUCCCUUUUGCAACACUAUUAAGCAUAGCUGCAAAUAAUCUUAAUUUGAAAAUGGGUCAGCAAAUACAUUGUCAGGCAAUUGCAGUUGGAGCAAAUUUUGAACCUGUGGUGGAAAAUGCUUUGGUUGAUAUGUAUGCCAAAUGUGAGAGAUAUGAGAAAGCUCAGAAGAUAUUUGAAAAUAUUGCCUGCAAAAGUACCGUUCCGUGGACUGCAAUGAUCUCAGCUUACGUUCAGAAGGGACGACAUGAAGAAGGAAUAAAGUUAUUCAAUGAUAUGCGUAGAACUGGUGUGUCUGCUGAUCAGGCAACUUUUGCUAGUAUCUUAAGAGCAUGUGCAAAUCUGGCUUCAAUUGGUUUGGGAAAGCAACUGCAUUCAUUGCUAAUUCGAUCGGGAUUCAUGUCCAAUGUAUAUUCCGGAAGCGCAUUGCUAGAUACAUAUGCAAAAUGUGGUUGCAUGACAGAUGCGAUAAAAUCUUUUGGGGAGAUGCCUGAGAGGAAUUCUGUCUCUUGGAAUGCUUUAAUCUCAGCUUAUGCUCAGAAUGGGAAUGUUGAAGGCACCCUUGAUUCAUUUCAGCAGAUGACUCAGUCAGGAUAUAAGCCAGAUUCUGUUAGCUUUCUCAGCAUUCUGUCAGCUUGCAGUCACUGUGGUUUUGUUGAAGAAGCUCUUUGGCACUUCAACUCCAUGACUCAAAUUUAUGAAGUCACUCCAAAGCGAGAACACUAUGCAUCGAUGGUUGAUGUAUUGUGUCGAAGUGGAAGAUUUAAUGAAGCUGAGAAGUUGAUGGCCCAAAUGCCAUUUGAGCCUGAUGAGAUUAUGUGGUCGUCAGUAUUAAACUCAUGCAGAAUUCAUAAGAAUCAUGAGUUGGCUAAGAAAGCAGCGGAUCAGCUUUUUAAUAUGGAAGAGCUUCGAGAUGCUGGUCCUUAUAUCAACAUGUCUAACAUUUAUGCUGUAGCUGGUCAGUGGGAUAAUGUUGCAAAGGUCAAGAAGGCGAUGAGGGACCGAGGGGUUAGAAAGGUCCCAGCCUACAGUUGGGUUGAAAUCAAACAUCAGACUCAUGUAUUCUCGGCAAAUGAUAAAUCCCAUCCCCAGAUGAAGAAUAUUUUGAGAAAGAUUGAUGCAUUGGCGAAGCAGAUGGAGAAGAAAGGAUAUAAGCCAGACACGAGUUGUGCCCUACACGAUGUGGAUGAGGAUGUUAAGAUUGAGUCUCUUAAAUACCACAGUGAACGCUUAGCAAUUGCAUUUGCUCUAAUCAACACACCAGAUGGGUGGCCAAUAGUGGUAAUGAAAAACUUGAGAGCUUGUACAGACUGUCAUGCUGCAAUCAAGGUGAUCUCAAAGAUUGUUGGAAGGGAAAUUACUGUUAGAGAUUCAAGUAGGUUUCAUCAUUUUAAAGAUGGCACUUGCUCCUGUGGGGACUAUUGGUGAACCACAGAAUCUCUAUAUGAGCAGUCUAGAUAGUCAUCAAAACAAUCAAUGCACGCAAUCAUAUUACCGAGAUAAACUUAGAAUUGCUUGUCCAUGUUACUUCUAUCUCUCGUGGCUCGUGAAGUACUUGGUUGUCUAUUGUGAUAGCACAAUAUGCUUACUGUUUUAGGAGCCCAAGAUAGAAAGAGUGCCGAAUGAGUUACAAAAGUGGAAUGAAUCCCAAAGGGGAACACUUUCCCUCUUUCAAGUGGUGUUAUUCAAUCUUCCCACUUGUUAUGUUCCAGCCUUUAAAGCCCUGUUGAAGUGACUAAGUUCAUUGAGAAGAUCUUGAGGGAAUUUCUUUUGUGAAGGUCCUUAAAUGGAAGGUAGUUGUCAUUUAGUGAAUUGGAAGGUGGUACUCUUCCUAUUCUCUUGGUGGGUCUUGGAAUCAGUAACAUUGCUAGGAGGUCGAUGCCAGACGAAAUUAUUGCAGUGGUUUUCAUUGGAAGGCAACACAUUUUAGCUUAAGAUUAUCUGUAGUAAUUAUGGCAAAGAUCCCUUCAGGUGGUUCGUGUCUUAAUGUUAUUAUGGCAACUGUAAAAGCCUGUGGAUUAAUAUAGCUAAAUACACAGAGUUGGUUAAAGGAGAGGCUGAUAUAUAAAAGGGGUAAUGGUUCCAGGGUGAGGUUUUCAACUUUUCAGAGGACCCCUUUGGUGGAGAAGACUCCUAUACCCGUGUAUCCCAUCUAUCAAUGCAAUUGCUAAAAGUAAAAA